AUGAAAACGACUACGGCUUCUCUGGCAGUGCUGUCGCUGGCCACUGGUGCCAUUGGAAGGCCUCAUGCCCACAACGGCAUGCAGGAUUCUCCAGAGGCCCAGCAAUUUAACACGACCAGCGGAAAGCGCGCGAGAGACCUGUUGAUGGUGGAGGAAGAAUACCGCCUUCAGUACUACCAGGCUGAUGGCGACGAGGAGCCACAUGCUUGCACCACUACUGCUCCGACGACUCUUCUCCCAGUCACAACUACGACGCCUGAUGUCUCGAGUAUUUCCUCAGUUAUGAAGAAUCUGAAUAAUGUUCUUCCGGCUAUGGCUGCCCAGGGAGUCGAUGUUGCUUCUUUGAUAGAGCAGAUGGGGAUUACGACUUCAAUGACCGGUUCAGCUGCAACGCAGCAGGUCCUUACACACAAGAUCUCUUCGCCUUCCUCGCCCAAGUCUUGGCAUGGAUACCGGGUCAUGGAUUUUAAAAGGCCUCCAGUUGCCCAGGUCACGAACGUCCCAGGUACUCACGAAGAUCUGAAGGUGAAGCGAGAGGAUCCAAUCUCCGAUGUGGCGUCGAAUGCUUCCACCGCGGAGGCGAAUACUUCCACUGCGAGCACUGCGAUUGGAAGUGCUGUGGCUAAAGCAGUGCAUGUGAAUGCCGCAAUGGGAGUCAGUAGUGGGUGUGACAGUACUACUACUGGAGCCGACAUGGCGCCUAUUGGUGGAGCACUUGGAGGCUCUUUCAACAGGACUACCAACUGCACUUUCAUGACCUCAGCAGCUGCUAUUUCUACACCAGCAGCUGUCCCGCGCUCUAUGGCUCAUGCACCAUCGUUUCUAACCACCGUUUCCGGGGUUGCAUCGAGUUUCACUCCUUCAAGGCGGGAGCUCAACAGCCAGCCAACUGGCUUUGCGUUCUUUGACCAUGUACCAAGAACUGUCCCGAUGGCACCUGCAAGCCCACUACCCGCGAACUCGACUGGGACAGGCUCUCCGCUCUCAGACAAGCGUCGCCAUCUGGUGGCUCGCGACAGGUCGAACUCUCACGGGGAGCACGCGAGGAAUCCAAGGAACGAGGUCGUCCAGGGACUUAUGAAUACGUCCACCCCCAACUAUCUUCCGAAGCACAGGAGGCGUAUAUUUCUGCCGGUUCCCACACAUGUUGGAACUAUUGCGAACACAACUUCCACUGACUCUGGUGCGGAUGCGUCAUUGGGCGGCACACCUGUCGGGGAUGGCUCGACGUCUACUGAAGCUGAUGAAUCUGGAUCUGAUGACAAUACGAGUGAGCCAGGUGAGACUGUUGACGCGACUACGGCUGGCAACUCUGCUGGUUCGGAAGACGAUGUCACUGCACAUGAUAACAAGAAAAAUGGUACCGUCGCUUCAACCGUCGCUGAGCGCGAUACCACUUCCACUGGCGAAGCUGAUGCAAAAGACUACACAAACGGCACUACCUCUGGAUUUGCUAGCGGUAACGAUUCCGCCAACGAGACUGGGCCGAGUGAUUACGCGAAUGGCAAUGCCGCUGAAGCAAGCUCUGGGAACGCAGCAAGUGUACAGAGAAAUUCUACCGUCGCUACCAAUACUGCUGCUCCAGAAGAGAUGAGCAGUAAUGACAAGAUGCGUAGAAGCUUGAUCGCCAAUCCCGAUCUCGGUUCGAGCAGCUCUACCGAUGAAACGGCCUCUGGUGCUGGUAGUACUGGAGGCAAUGGAACUGCGCAGGGUACGACUGCUGGCAGCAACUCCGCAGUCUCGGAUAUGAUGGAUGGCGAGGAGAGCUCGAACGCAGCAUCCGCAGGCUCUGGCUCGGCUAUUUCGAAUCGGAACAGUGAAAGUCUCUCCACCUCCGGUACGGGUUCUAGUGCUGCUGAUCCAAAUCACGUGGGGAAUGGUGGAAUUUCGGAAGAAAGCUCGAAUUCGACUUCCUACUCUGGAAGCUCCGGUCUGGCAAGGAGAAAGUACGGAGCUGGCUCGUCUCAAAAGACGAGCAUCGCAAGCCCUCGAUCGUUUAGAUCUCGGGCUCGCGCUCUUGCUUCGGACGUCGAACUCGCGUCCUCUGAAAAUGUUGACACAGCACAAUCUGACAUUAAAGUGAGGACUCCUAAAGGUUGGGGUUCCAGCAGUUCCUCCAACGAACCUGGUAGUCCUCAGUCGCAACAGAGUUCCGACUCUGCGCAGAACAAAUGCACGUAUAACCAGAGGGGGUCCGCGAAGUGUAAAUGCAGGCCCCGAAAGAGACUAUUUGGAUUCAGAUCAAGUUCACCAUGCUCGAGCCAGAUCCCUGCGCCAAUCCCAAGUAGCUCCAGGACCACAAGCAGUACUUUGAGUCCUACGUUCCCGAGCGUCAGCGCCACUCCGACCCCGAAUGCGGAUUUUAACAGUGGCCCCAAUAGCUUGGGCCAGGCUGGAGGCGGCGCGACGACCUCGGGCGGCUCUGAAGGUCACCUCAGUGGUGCUCCUUCUACGGGGAGUGGAUCCGGGCAGAAUGAGUAUGCUGGCGGUAAUGGUCGCAAUCAAGGCAGUCAUGGUAACACGAGAGGCGGAUCAGGCGAUUCGAACCCUGGAGCUGCUGCUCAGCAGCAGUACGGUGAUUUCACUGGGAGCUCAGGCGUCGCUAAUUCUGUUGCGGCUGCCUCUGCACUCGGCAACUCCAUGGGAAGUGGUGACGCCCACUCUCCGUUCACGGGUAUGGGGGAAACUUCGGAGUCUGGACAGAGUUCCACUUCUGAUGGCACAGGUUUCGGUUCGAACAUGAACAAAGCGCAGGGCGGAUCGCAGACCGGGAGCGGUCCUGAUCCAGCGAGAUCUUACAACCCAGAGAGUUCUAGCGGUGGGAGCUAUGAACUAGAGACUGGGAGCAGUCAAACCUAUGAGAAGAACACCAGCUCUGGACAAUCUGGCAGCGGGGAUGAUGGGUCGCAAAGUGGAAGUGACCAAACCUCUGAGAGCGAUUCUAUGUCUGGACUAUCUGGCAGUGGAGGCCAUGGGUCGGGGAGUGGGAGUGAUCAAAGCUCCGAGAGCGGUUCCAAGUCUGGACAGUCUGGCAGUGAUGGCGGUGAUGGCGGUGAUGGCGGUUACGCUUCCGGGACAAGCCGACGUUCAACAUCAUUGCCGAUGCGGUCUAAUCUUGGGGCUCGAUCAUCCCUCAAUGGUACCGAUGGAUCAGAUGAAGGCCUUGUCAAUGCAUUCCCUCAACACCAGAACGCAUCACAGCUUGAGCGGAGAGAGGACGAAGACGACAGUGUUGAUGCAAUCCAAGGGCGCGAUGCGUUCCGAGGGUCUCAGUUUCACUCUACACCGCCUGGCCAUGUACCAUCACGUCGAGCACCUUGCGAGUUUGCCGUUAGCCACAGGGGCCGAUGCAUCAGACGGUAUUGCGGUGAAUUCAAAGAAGAGACCUCUGGAUGCCAAUGCCGUUUCGGCAAGCUCGCCAACGGAGGGUGCAGCCCGCCGCUGCCAUACAGUCUAUGCCAGCAGGGGAAACGACCAAGUGGAAGGUGUGUUUUCAAACGUAUCAACAGAAAAGGCAUGGUCGUUCAGACAGUCGAAAAGAAGGAGCUUGAAUCCGGCCGUCUGAAGGCCUGCGGGUUGUUUCGAGGCUCAAAAUUGGAUGGGCAUUGUGCGUGUGUGCGUGCGACCACUCUAGGCUUCUGUUCGCAGCCUGCCGAUUCCCUCAAGCUGGAAGCUGGGUCGCACAACCUUCGGCUGGGACAUAACCGACCGCACGGUCGUCGGUCUGACGGGGAUGAAGAAUCCUCGACAAUUGAAGAGCCCACAGAAACCGAUCAGUCUUCAGUGGCUGGGGGUUCUUUGACGACGCGGACCUUCUCAGCAAGCAACAUGUCCUCAACAACCAGGAAGCGUAG